CCCUAUCUGCCUUAUCUAUCUAAGGAUAUGCCCUUUUAUCUACAAACUUAUCCACUGAGAAUAACCGCCUUCAUUUCUACGGUGAUCCUUAAACCUUGUUAACUGCUAAUCAACCCAUUUUGCUUCUUUAAAUUACCUACUCACAUCACUCUCACAUCUCAUCUCAUCUCUUCUUUAAUUUCAUUCUUAGCUUUAAUACACAAUUAACUAAUUCAUCAUGGUGAACAGAGACCUCGCACGAACUAUAGUUGGUAUUGUAGGAAAUAUCAUAUCAUGCUUCCUCUUCCUCUCCCCAGCUCCCACAUUCGCCAAAAUAAUCAAAUCCAAAUCCGUUCAAGCUUUCAAGGCAGACCCAUAUCUUGCGACGAUUUUAAAUUGUGCGAUGUGGGUGUUCUAUGGAAUGCCCUUUGUCCAUCCUGAUAGCUUGCUAGUCGUCACAAUUAAUGGUGCCGGUCUGGUUAUUGAAGCUGUGUAUAUCAUCAUCUUUUUCAUCUACUCAAAGCCUAAACAACGAAAGAAGAUUGUGAUUGUACUUUUAGGGGAAAUCGUCUUCUUUGUCGGAAUCGUCGCUAUUACCUUGACGGUUCUCCACGGCACCAAGAAGAGAUCUGCACUCAUCGGAAUUGUGUGUAUCGUUUUCAAUGUUCUUAUGUAUACCUCUCCUUUGACGGUCAUGAAGCGGGUUAUUACCACAAAAAGUGUGAAAUACAUGCCCUUCUACUUGUCACUUGCCAACUUUGCCAAUGGGUGUGUGUGGUUUUGUUACGCUUUCAUCAAAUUGGAUCCUUACGUCUUGAUCCCGAAUGGGCUUGGAGCACUGUCCGGAUUGAUACAACUCGUACUUUAUGCAAUGUUUUAUCGCACAACCAAUUGGGACGAAAAUGAAUCCAACAACACGGUUGAAAUCGCCUCCGGCAGAACCGCCGACAACGUUUGAGGUUUACAUACAUUAUUCUUCCAAAUUGGCGACGGAUGAUCCCGUGGUGGUGGUGGGGGCUGCUGUUUGAAUCUCAUCUCUUUGCCCCGACCAGAUUCCGAUGAACGAUAAUCGUUGAGGAUUAUCACUACACUGCGGAGACUGGUUUUAACAAUAAUGGGGGCGUGCAUUCUGCGACCUUAGAGCAUUAAUUAGUGUCAUCGAAUUGUAUAUUGGAUAUAUAGGAUGCAAUGAUGCUAAUAAUUUGUGUUGUAUUAUACAUGUGGAGCAUCAUUAUUUUUAUCUGUCCCCAAAGAAUUAAUAUUUUUCCCAUAGUGAUCACACACU